CGUUUAGACCGGGCCCCGCUUUACACAGUGACACCGGUUCGAUGGUUUUUUGGAAAAAAACCGGUCAGAUUUAUGAGUAUAAAAUGCGAAGCUUCUAUUCUAGGGCCUUCGAAUCUUGACUUUGUCUCUUCAACAAGUUCGUUCAUUCUAGGAAUAUCGCUGUGUGAUGGCAAUGAGAUCGGCGCUGAGUCGAGGGAUCGUGACUCGUUCGAUGGACUCAACAUCUCGUGGAGCUUUCAGUCGUUUCUACAGCGGCAAAGGUAAGAUUCUUAGCGAAGAGGAACAAGCCAAAGAAAACGUCUACAUCCAGAAAUGGGAGCGGGAAAGGUUGGAGAAACUGAAGCUACAGAAUGAUAAGGCUAAGGCUGAGAAGGACAAAGACACUACUGAUAAGAAACCUGAUGGGACUCAAAAGAGCUGACUUUACCAGUCAUGCUAUGCUAGCCAUGAAGGUCACUUGUGGGAAACAAUCAUGGGGAAUAAAACACAUUGACUCUGAGUGAACUAUGGUCUUUGUAUAGAUUGUAUGUUUUUUUUCUCUCUCGUUUAUUUGUAGUUUCUUCAAUGGUGAUGGAUGAGACCAUGUUGCAUCCAACAAAUUUGGUAAAUUAUGUUAUGAUGUAAUCCUCCCAUGAUUUUUCACCUUCCUGCCAGUGCGAAACGAAUUAGUAAUCAUUAUUCAAUAUGCUUUGAGAAGGGGAAAA